AUCUUUCUUUCAAUGCUGUGAGAAAGCGAGAUAGAGACCAAAGCUCAUCCAUACAUAACAUAUAGAGCCUCCUUUUGAUCAGCAUAAUAAUCAUAUUCUCCUCCUUCCAUUCCCCCAAACAAAAGCUAGCUAGCUAGCAUGGAGCAUAUUGAAUCGUUAGCUGAUAUGGAUUGGAGCUCCCUAAUGAGUGGAAUGAUGUACACAAAUGAGCAGGCCGAAGCUGAAUUCAUGGCUCAAUUGCUUUCCAACUUCCCUGUCUCUGCUCACCAGGAAACCAGCAAUUACCAUAACCUCGAAUCGUACACCAGUCUGGAUGCUGACUUCUUCUCAACGUCAUCAGCGCUAUUCAACAUGUCAGCAGCUGACAGUUGUUGUAGUCAGCAUCUUUCAUCAUCAACAUCACAAGGGAGUAGCAGCAGUACCAGUCAUCAUCAUCCUCAGGACACAUCCAUGGAUCUCCAUUCUUAUUCUCUGCCGCCUCUUGUGAGCAAAGAAGAAGGCCCCAUUUCAACAGGCUUCUGUGCUGGAAAAGACACCUUGCUGGUGAAAAAGAAAUCUGAACAACACAAGCAUCAGCACAUAACAGCUGCAGGGGACAAUGAAGGGAAACCUAGCAAGGGGCCAAAAAAGAGAUCAAGGGUCACAGGAGGAGAAGCCACAAAAGCCAAGAAGAAUGUGAUGCCAAAGAAAGGGGGGAAGAAGCAGAAAGGUGCCAAGAUGGAGGAAGAGAGCAAUGUUGUGAAGAGUGAUGCAGGUGCGGCCAUCAAUGGCUGUUCUGAGGAUGAAUCCAAUGUUAAUGGAUCAGCAGCAGAUGAGAUGAUGCCUCUGGCUCUGGCUCAAGGAAGAGAAGCUAUACCAACAACAACAACAACUAGUACUAGUUCCACGACUGUGAGCUUGAAAGGGGAUCCAGCUCUUAACUUGAAUGGCAAGACCAGAGCCAGCAGGGGUGCAGCCACUGAUCCACAGAGCCUCUAUGCCAGGAAAAGAAGAGAGAGAAUCAAUGAGAGGCUUAAGGUUCUGCAGACCCUUGUCCCCAAUGGUACCAAGGUCGAUAUCAGCACCAUGCUUGAAGAAGCUGUCCAGUAUGUCAAGUUCUUGCAGCUCCAAAUCAAGUUGUUGAGCUCUGAUGAUCACUGGAUGUAUUCGCCGAUUGCUUACAAUGGGAUGAACAUUGGACUCGAUCUCAAGAUUCCACAACACAUAGAUCUCAUUAGUUUAGACAGUUCCAUAUUGUGAAAUUCUUAUUGCGGACGAGAGUGGAAGUUCCAACCCAAUCGGCUCUGAUUCAUUCAU